UAUGAUAUAUAUAUAUAGCCAAACUUUAUUUAAAGCAUCUCAUCACGUCUCCAAGAACCCCAAACUUGUGGUUACAAAACCAUGAAAGCCCAUCAUUUCCUUCUCGUGUGUUUCCCCGUCCAUGGCCACAUAAACCCAUCCCUCGAGCUAGCCCAUCGACUCACGAACUUAGGCCAUCACGUCACCUUCGCCACCACCAUCGCCGCAACUCGGCGCCUGACCAACACAACCACCCCGCAUCCCUUACUCACCUUCGCCCCUUUCUCCGACGGCUUCGACCACGAAACCCUCAAUCCCAACCGCACCUUCCCCCAAUUAUUCUCCGACUUCAAGCACCACGGCUCCCAAUCCCUAACAAAACUCAUCACUUCCCACAAUGAGCAAACCCCCUCAAAUCCCUUCACUUUUGUCAUCUAUUCCCUUCUGUUCCAUUGGGUGGCGGAUGUCGCCGCUGCUCUCAACACCCCAUCGGCGCUUCUCUUCGUCCAACCAGCAACACUCUUAGCUUUGUAUUACCAUUACUUCCAUGGCUAUGGCGAUACCAUUCCGAAUCAAAAAUUGCCGGGGUUGCCGCUGCUGACCGAGAAGGACAUGCCGUCGUUGUUGUCCCCGACAAGCCCUCACUCUGCAAUUCUCCCUUUUCUCAAACAACAAAUCGAACUCCUCGACCAAAAAAGCCAAUCCAAAGUACUCAUAAACUCAUUUGAUGCGCUCGAGGAACAAACCGUGAAGGCCAUCGAUGGGUUGAAAAUGAUACCAAUUGGACCGUUGAUUUCAAUUGGUAAAUCAAAUGGGAAAAACGGGUCCAACCCAUUAUUUGAAAGUGAAAAUUACAUGGAAUGGUUGAAUUCCAAGGCGAAAUCGUCGGUGGUUUAUGUUUCAUUUGGGUCAGUGUCGGUGUUGCAGAGUAAACAAGCAGAGGAAAUCAUGAAAGCUUUAAGUGGGCAUACGUUUUUAUGGGUAAAAAUUGAUGAAGAAGCACAAGAUAAGGAGAAUGGGAAAAUCGUGCGAUGGUGUCGUCAAGAUGAAGUGUUGAAUCAUCCCUCGGUGGGUUGUUUUAUGAGCCAUUGUGGGUGGAAUUCGACGAUUGAAGGCAUGGCGGUGGGGGUGCCGUUGGUGGCUUUUCCGCUGCAAAUUGAUCAAGCAACUAAUGCGAAGCUUGUGGAAGAUGUGUGGAAGAUCGGGGUGAGAGUGGCGGCUAACUCGGAGGGGUUUGUUGAGAGGGAGGAGAUUAAGCGGUGCUUGGAUUUGAUUAUGGGGAGUGAAGGUAAUGAACGAAGGGAUGAGAUUGUGGGAAAUGCCAAGAAAUGGAAGGAUUUGGCUACAAAAGCCAUUGGUCAACAUGGUUCCUCCACCUUCAAUCUUAAAGCUUUUGUUGAAGACAUUGAUAAUAGUGAUUGAAAUGUCUCCAAAUCUCUGUUAUUAGUAUCUUUUAUCACAAAUGUUAUUGCAUAAGAAAUAUUUUGAUUUCCCAA